UCCAAUUCGUGUUCAGACUCCGUUGUGAAUACGUGUUUUGUGGAUUUUUGAAGCAAAAAAAAGCAGUGUAUAGCAGGUUAUAACACCUGAAGUAAUAUCAAUAUGUGAUCUCUCUUCGAUAAUUAAAAGGGUAAACAGUUAUCAAGAUGUCGGCCCUGGAGAAGUUCAAGAGGAGACUGGUGCGCGAUAUCGCACGUCGUCAGUAUGUGGAAGGUCAACCUGAAGAUGAGAUGUGGGAUCAGCUGAAGAUAGAGUAUGGCUGUGAUUGCUUUUUGCUAUGGCAACACAUGAAGGUGUUAACUUCUAAGAAACUGAAGAGGAUGCUCGCUGCCGAGGAUCGUAUGGACUUGAUCACACCAGUCGCUCGGAUGACGUCAACCGAUUGGCUCGCUUUCGACCUCGUACUAGUUCACCAAGAUGUCGAUGUUAUUGGAGAGGAGCUGAUACAGAGCGGUAAACCAGAAUCACCGGUCCUUGAGCGAUUGUUUCAACUGGUGAUGUCGCACGAGAUAGAGAAUUUGUCUGGGGACCGUUUAGUUGCGAAGUGGGUUGUUCUGACAAGAAAAUACAAUACCAGAGGGCGCGAAUGCUCUCCCAUGUUACUGCAGCGUCGAUGGUAUCAAUUAAAAGAUCUCUCAAGGCGAAGAUUCUACCAAUUCUGGUGGCUUUUUCGUGGUAACGCGAAAAAUCUAGCGAAAGCCACCAGGCCGACAAAACUCCAGAUUCGAGUCACUGAGAGGCUUCCAAAUCUUAUCACAAAAAGAUUUGUCCAAUGGAAGGAUUUAAUAAACUCGGGGAAAAUCAUUCAGGCCGUUCAAUUUGAGAGCAGACGACGUAAUGUGAAACCGAAUUGUAAUAGUGAUGAUCCUGAUCUUGUUGUGAUUGAACCACAUGUGGAAACUAUAGAGGUGACUGCUGAUUCUGAUGAUGAGGACGGACAUGUCGCACAGAAAGAUAACACAGAAGACAUUACACCAAUGGAUGAAAAUGAAAAGCAAUUUGAGCAUACAUCUAAAACUGCAGAAAAUAAUACUAAAUCUACUGAAAAUGAUAAUGCAUCUGAUAGAUUAAAUAAGGAUAGUCACUUAAAAGUGUCAGUAAAGACUGAACCAAUCGAAGUAUUGGAACUAAAUGAUACUCUAAGUGAUGAUGAACCAAUGGAAACUGAUAAUAUUGAAGUUAUAGAAGAGAACUCCGCAUCAGAGGAAGUAGAAAAUGAUGCAACAUAUCCAGAAGAUGACACAGUUUUUCCUAAAAUAACAAAUAUAAUGGGAAAUGUAGAUAUGACAGAAUCUAAUGAUAAAUGUAAUCCUACAUGUCAAGAAACAGUAACCAAUGAAGUGAUAUCUGAUUCAGAAGAUCCACCAAUCGAAUCUGAUAUUACCCUAAAUAUAAUCUCAGAGGAUUCUAAUAAAACUGUUGAAGAGAAUGUAAAGAAAAAAUUUCCCUUUAGUUCAGAAGAUGUUAUGGACUUUAACGAAUUACCGUCAACUUUAGAAUUUGUAGACGAUGGUAUCGAUUUUGUGGAUGACGAUGAAGAAAGUGUAGAAGAAGAAAAACCAGAUACUGAGGAUGGUGAUGAAAUCGUAAAUCUGGAUGACGUCGACCCCUCAUACGGUAUAGAUAGAAAACUCAUCAUGAUUCCCAUAACUUAUACAAAGAAAUUAGAUGAUAUGGAAAUAUUACAAAAUAUCGAUUACUCAACGGUGAAAGGCAACGAGUUAAUUGAACUAAUAGAAGCUCAAAGUAGAAGUAUAAAAAUUAACACUGAAAAUAUUAAGACUGAAGUCGAAACAGAAAAUGAACAGAUAGACGAAACAGCAAUCGAAGAUCAUAAAGUAACAAAACAUAAUGUAGAAAUUGAUGAAGCAAGAAUACAAGAUUAUAUUCAAGUGAAUAACGAAGGAGAGAUAGAAAACGCAGAUAAUAUAUAUGGAAUUAAAGUGAAAAUAGAAAAAGAAGAGAUAGACAAAACGGAAAGCGAAGAUGACACGGAAAAGUGUGAAGUUCCUAGAAUUAAAUAUACUAGCUGGCUGCUCCAAAAACCAAAACAUAGAAACUACAACCCUAUACUAUUGUGUAAAAAUCCAGAUUUUAAUACGAGACUCAAAAGGCUAAGCGUAGGUUUCUUUCUAAGCGAACGUAACAGGCGACUAUUUAAUGCUUGCAAACCUCUCACUAUCGAUAUGCAUAAAGCGUUUGAAAGUAAACUCGUCAAUAACGUUUUGUAUUUAGAAACUACUACAAUACCGAACAUUAAGCGUGAAACAGUCCCUGAAGCGUGUGAAAAUACUGCGUCGGUGAUUCCUUCGGCUGUGCCGGUUCAAAGCUUACUCGAUAUAACUAGAGCAGAACAUAAAGAUGUAGAGCCAGAAAAAUUACAAAUGGACAAAUCAAAACCAGCCUAUGAACAUAAAAAUGAAAAAGUAAUCGAAAGAGGUCAUGUUAUAAAUGAGCCUUUAAAUUCACCGAUGGCGUGUGCUACUGGGAAUUUGUUGAAUGCCGCAGUGUGUCCUGCCCCUACUUCAGUUUCAGAUAAUCAACCUGCUCAGUUAGUCGAAUCUGAAUUAAACACGCGGCACAAUCUUAUAAAUGACAAAAAGAACAAAAAAGCAAAGCCAAAACCGCCUCCACCUGUGCCGAAGUGGUCUAAUUACUCUUCGAACCUUCCACAAUACGAAGAAAGUUUAAUUACACAGGAUACUCUCCAUAAAGUCAUCUGCUUGCUCGACACUGGCAUGUUCCUACUACGUAAAAAGGCGCCGCCUGUCGAAGCACCAAAAAGGCCAAAUACGAGGCUAUCUGCUGGGAUGAUUAGUGGAGGUGUGCCUCAACCUCUCAAAAAAGUAACGAAAAAAGAGACGGUAAAGUUACCAGCAGAUGAGAACAAAUUGAACAGCAAACAAAAUAUGACUGUAGAAAAUUCGUUAGAAAAGGUCGCAAAAAGGAAAAGAAAUAGGGCUAAUCAAACUAUUGCAGCAAACAGUGGUUUUUGUUGUUGGUCUCGACAUCAAAUAGAAUUUGUUAGACCGGAAAUUAACAACACAAGUUUUGUAAAAAGUAAGAAAUAUAGACAUUUAUGUCCAAUGCUAGAAUGUUUUUGUUGCUGUCAAAAAGAUCUAUUGAAUCUACUGACAUCAGGCAAACAAUUAGACGAUCACACGUAUAGCUGCGACGGUGAAAUUCCGGGGCCCAAGGAACGUGAAACAACUGUGAAAGUAAUUCGUGAUGUAGCAAUUCAAGCGAGAUCUAUACAAAACGAAUAUGGCGAGAUGGAAAUAAAAAGUGCUAUAGAAUUAUAUCAUCCGCAAAAUAAAAAUCUUCCUAAAAAUGACCAAGGUACGAGAGGACGAAGAAAAUCCAAAGAUACUGGAUCAAAUCUUCCUAUAACAAGAGCUGUAAUCCAUUCAUCGGUAUCUACACAAUUUGAAAAUAAAUAUGACGUCACAACACAAUUUACGCACACUAACACAUGUGACACAGUUAGUCACGUGCAUGCAAAAACCCCACCGCCUAUAAAAGCAAAUAUUAUUCCUGCUAUACCACAUCGCGGUAAUAAAGCCGAAGUAUUAUCAGUCACGGCUUCAGCUGGCUGGCAGUCAGCGAUACCUAGUGUUGCAAUUGAUAAUAAUAUUGUUCAAAAAGCAGUUAUUGAAACAAUAUCUUUGAUUGAAGAGGAACCUUCAUAUCAAACGCCGAACUCUCCCCCUCAAGGACUUUUGCCACAAGGGGUGAAUAUAUUGCUUUUACCUGACAACACAUUAAGUGUAUCUAUAGACCCAGGAGUAAAAAUAGAUCCAGCUAGUUUAUCUAAAUUGCCAGAAAUUCUUUCCGUGGUACAAAAGAAACUUUUGGAAUCCGGAACACUUAAUAGAAACCUGAAACUUCCAAUCAGAAAAUGGAAAUAUCCAAUUAGAAAAGAUAUAGGAUUUAAUUACACUAACAGCAAUAUGCCGGUGAAUCAGCAAACAAAUGUACAAUUGAAUCCUCAAAUAAAUGUAAUCAAUGAAAAUGCAAAUGUUACCCAAGAAAACGCUGAGUUUCAUAUAUUAAACACGCAAGUAAACGAUACUGAAGAUAAUGCUGAACUUAUUGCUAUAGAUCCAAAAGUUCAAAUUACUGAAGAAAGUGCUCUACUUCGUAUAUUGAAAUCUGAUGUAAAUGUUUCUAAAGAUAAUGCUGAACUUAUUGCUAUGGGCCCAAAAGUCCAUGUUACUGAAGAAAGUGCACAACUUCAUAUGUUGACCCCAGAAGUAAAUGUUACUCAUGAUAAUGCUGAACUUAUUGCUAUGGUCCCGGAAGUACAGGUUUCUCAAGAAAGUGCUCAACUUCAUAUUUUGACCUCUGAAACAGAUGUUGAGAAAGAAAAUGUCAAUAUGAAAAUCCUCAAUAACGAAGAAAACGCUGAAUUUAUUGUCAUGAAGCCUAAGGAACCUUUUGCCGAACAAAAUACUGAAUCUAAUAUCGUAAGUACUGAAGACGACGUAUCCCAAGACACUGCUGAAGUUAACCUUAUGUGCUCCGAAGACCAUAUUUCUGAAGAAAGUGUUGAAAAUCUUGACAUGAACUCGGAAAGAAAUGUUGGCGAAAAAAGUGCUGAUCAAAAUCUUAAUGCGGGGGACGCUGAGAAUCAUGUUGUGAAUAGCGAAUUUAUUGCAACUCAGGGCAAUAUUGAAAAUAACGUCGUGAAUGCUGAACUUAAUACUAUCCCAGAAAAUACAGGUCUUAACUCACAGUACUCCAAUACCAACACUGACUUUAAUACUGCGCAAUCAACCCACAUGCUUUAUGUUGGUAGCACGAAUUCGGAAUCUAAGGAAGCAACUGAAGAAAAUGUUAGAAAAGAUGAUGAAGAUAAAUUAACAUACACAGAUUAUAUUGUCAAAGUCGCUCCGGAGACUAACAGAAAAUCUAUAUUGUCCGAUUUGAUGACAAUGUCGGGGAUAUCUACGGAGGACACAAAUAUGGCUACGGAAAGUCCGGUAAUUAAUAAUGUAACUACAGAACAUAAUACUUAUAAUGUAAUUAACAAUGUUGCUACCACCAAUAUAAUAAAUAGCAAUUUACAAAACAAUCCGUACUACCUUACUAACACACAAAAUAUAGGAGGAAACAUUCAAAUAAGCCCACCUCCGAAAAAAGUUAAAAAAGUAAUGGUAUUUAUAAAAAAGAAACUGAAAAAAAAAACUACUACUAACAAUUCCGUUAUCGAUCUCACCGAAGAUGAUACACCAGCCGACACACCAGUCGACCCGCCAGCCGACACAUUAGCCGACACAUCAGCCGAUUCACCAGCCGACCCACCAGCCGACACUAGUAAACAAAAUGAGCCUCCAUCGGAUUAUAUGCAGAAAAAAGAAAACAACUCCAAGAAAAUAUUAAAUCUCAAGAGAGCGAAGUUAAUUCGUGUGCCUGCAGCCGCCGUCCCGACAAAGAUCUACCAAGCAGCGCAGUCUUUAUUGAAGAAGGACAAUGCAGGACCAGUGGAAACCAACGCAAAUUUAUCGCCCAGCGACAUUGAAAAGCAAAUGAAAAUACAUCUCGCGAAACAAUACAGACAGUUCAAUAGAAAACCGACAAUUUUGGAUAUAUUAAAAAAUAUAAAAAAUUCAAAAGCUAUGCAAGUAACGCAAAAAACUCGCAAUGAAUCCGAAUCUUCUGAUGAUGAGCCGUUAGCGAAGAAAUCUAGGCGAAUGAGAACACAAAAUAAUGAAAGCAAUUCUGUGAGUGUGGUACCUAUUGAUCAAUAUAAUUUGCCCGUUGAAUACACAGAUGGACCACUCGUGUGUGUCUCCGUCGUCGAUAACCAAAUCUCCAAUACAAACGUCGAUGACCGAGACUCUGAUAUGAACGCAGAUGGUGAAGAAGACGCUAUUUUAGGUAUUUAAGUUUGUAUUGUUGAAACUAUUUGUAGUCUAACUAAAAAUUCGUGUUAUUACCGAUAACUGUUCAAAUCGUUCGGUCGGAAAUGGAUUACCCAUUUUUUAGAUUCUCAAAAGGGAGGGAGGCAGAUAUGUACAAUCUCUAUAGAUCCACAUAAGUAACUCAAAACUAAUUGGCAGUAUUUCGUUAAAAAAAUGUACCAUUUUCUUUGGAAUCCAAAAAAAAUAUUUCUAGCCUCCCCCUCAAUCAUCAGCUGACUUCGCUCAUGUCAUGCGAUAUCUCUAAUGGUUUCUAUUUGAUCUUUCCUAACAAGUAAUUUGUAUGAUUAAGUAGUUACUAGAUUGUGAUUUUAUCGUUUUUAAAUUAAAUGUGUAAUUUAGUUAUGUGAAAAUGAAAGAAUACAAAAACAAGGGAGUCGUUGCAUUUUUUACCGAUGACAAGAAUACGAAAAUUCUUGCUAUAUAUAUUUUUGUGAUAGUAUAACGAUGAAUUUAGUCUAUCGCCUAUGUAAAAGCAUGUCGUUAUUUAUAUUGUUGUUAUACAGGUGAUAAUACAGUGAAAACUCAACACGAUAAGAGUUAAAGGUUAGCUAUGUGUAAACUAAAAGUGUAAGAUAAUCCUAAGUAAGUUGUAAUGAAGUAUAAACUCAAUGAAUACCUCAUUUGACGAAACAUAUUUUGUUUUUUCUUGAAUCCGAAAUGUUAUUUCGGAAUUAAGAAGAAAAUAUGAAAUAUAAUUGUGGUCAU